GAUGCACUGCGGAAGGAUGUCGAGGAGCAAGUCACCAAACUUGUCACAAAGGUAUCUGACAAUGGGGUCACCGACAACGAGACAGACAGCUUGUGUGAAUCCGUUAAGUGCCCCAAUGAUGGUGAAACGGAUUGCGUAAGCAAAACAACAUGUAAAAUUAUGGCUAAAGCAUUAAAGGAGAUACAUACAAAAGGCGAAACGGGCCAAGAGGAUUAUCGAAUAUUUAAAUCUACCAUGCGUUGUGUAAUAUUGAAUGCUUUGGCACAGAAAUUAAGGAAACAUGCUCAGGGGGAAGGUUAUGCUUGCGCUGUAGAGGAAGGAAUAGAAGAGGCCCUCAAGAAGGGGGAGGAUAAACGUGAAGCAUGGUGUAAUGACAAUGGUAAGAAGGAUGACGGUUCCUGUCAGCCAUGUGGAAAGCAACAUCAGAUGUGUACGGCUUAUAGUAUUAAUGGGAAGACCUCCCUGAUGGGGAAAGUGUUGGAUGAGUUAAAAAACAACAACGACAAAAUACAAAAUACCUUAUCCGAAAUAAGUAAUAAGGUCACUUUAUGUGAUCGUAUGAAUUGCAUAAUCAAACAAUGGAUGGAUAACCAAAAAGUAGCAGGAGAGACGUCUACGACAACGACGGAAAACUUCUGGAAAGAGAAAGAUGGCGAUGUAGACAAAUUAUGGAAAGAAUUGUCAGAUGCAAUGAAACAGAAUGGGGGUACCCGUACUAGCGGAAAUGGAGAUUGUGAUAAAAUGCAGGAUGCAACUCAUUCUGAAAAGACGGCAUGCAAUUAUUUGCAUGCCGGUUUUGAAAAACUGAAGAGCAUUUCCUCGUCCAUAACAACUAAUGGAGGUGCUUACGGAACCCUGUAUAAAGACCCAUCGUUUGUCCAAACGAUGGGUUGUUUCUUACUUCGCACCUAUGCAAAACAUAUGCAAAAGGAGUCCAUUUGUGAUAUUGAAAAUGGAAUAAAAAAAGCUUUUGGUUCAUGGAUACCACAUACUAGUGGACAAUGCACGGCCAGUAGUGGUCCGUGCAUUCAAUGCAACUGGGAUGAUAAGAACUAUGACAAAUGCCAAAUUAACACAAAUGGAGGCACAACGACAACGGAAGUAAAGGGGAAAUUGGAAAAAAUUGUCAAUAAGGAAAGCGACCCCAACAUUAAGACAAUGCUAACUAACAUAAAUAAAAGGACUUCUUUAUGUGAGCAUAUGAAAUGUAUAGCAUCCCACUUAAAUUCCUCUACCGGAAAACAGAAAGCGGGCAACUUUUGGGAGAAGGAAGGCGGCGAAGUCGCCACAUUAUGGAACCAAUUGUCCGAAGCAAUGAUACAGAGGGGGGGCAAUGACAACGGAGGUCAAUGUAGUCAAAUGGGCGAUAGUGGUGGCACCUCCGGUGCCACCACUAGACCAGCAACUGACCCUGAAAGGAAAGCAUGCCAAUAUCUUACAUUAGGUUUCAACAAACUAAAACAAAAUCCAACUUCCGACGGCACAGAGUAUCCAAUCCUAUCCAAGGACCCAUCGUUUGCACAAACAGUGGGUUGUUUCUUACUUCACGCUUAUGCAAAACAUAUGAAAGACAAAGCGAAUUGUUUAGUGGAAUCAGGAAUAAAAAAAGCUUUUAAGUCAUGGAAUCCAACUGCUAAUGUUACUUGCACGAACGGUAGUUCGUGCAUUCAAUGUACAUGGGAUGAUAACGACUAUGACCAAUGCAAAAUUACCACAAAUGGCAACGCCAAAGCGGAAGUAACGGACAAAUUAAAAACAGUAAAGUCUAAAAUGGAGAACGAAGCAACUACCACCCUAACGGAAAUAAAUAAAAUGCAAAACUUAUGCGAUUAUAUUAGAUGCGCCGCACCCAGAUGGUUCCAAAACCAAAUGAACGGAAAUACUGCUCCUACGAAGAAUUGGUGUGACUUCUGGAAUGGCGCUGUUAAGACAACCCUGGAAGAGUUGUUCCAGAAGAUCAAGUCCGAAGGACAGAACAAAUCAAAGAGCAGAGCUAAUGGUGUAUGCACCACCUUCGGUGAUGGUAAUGAACUGAGUGUCGAAAGAAAAGCAUGUAAUCAUAUCACAGCAGGAUUACAACACAUUAAGGAAAUUAGUGGUAAUGACCAACUGGUCCAUCAAGCAGUUGAUUGUAUUGCUCUUAACAUGUACGCUGAUAAAAUUAUCGAUUUGACGAAGAAAAGUUGUCCCAUUGAUGAGAAAACCAUACAAAGAAUGUUUGAAGAUUGGAAUAAAGAAAAUAAUAAUAAUUCUUCGUCUUCGCCUCCAUGUAAUGGUGGUGGUGGUAAUAAUAAUGUUUGUUUUAAAUGCACAAGACAACCAGAUUUUAAUAGUUGCAAACUAAGUGUUGACAGCUCUUUGGUGGAUAAAACAACAAAUGGAAAUUGCACUUCUAGCGAAGAACAUAAAAAAGUCCAAAAUCAAAUGAAAAAACUCCUCGAAGACAAAUCCCAAUCCAACUCCAUUAACAACACCAUGCAAAAAACAUUCUCCGAAAUCACUAAAAUGGACCACAAUUUCUGUACUCAAGUCCAAUGCGCAGCAAAGAAAUGGAAAUCAACAAAAAAUAGUAGUGGACACAGCAGCGGAGUGUCUUGGAAUGACAUAAACAAUGCCGCUGAAAAUGAAUUAAGGGAACUUCUAAAACAUAUGUCGCAGCCAGAUAAGCAGAAAGAAGUUGAACAAUACUGCAAUGACAAAGACGCUAAUUGGGAUACUUUAGGCCAUAAACAAAGCAAAACAAAUAAAGCAGCUUGUUUGCUUUUUGCUGCAGGAUUGCAGCAUAUAUAUAAAAAUAAGACGAAGGACCCUGUUAAUGGCCCAUCGUUCGGACAAACGAUGGGUUGUUUAUUUCUUAAAGAAUAUGCAAAACAAUUAAAAAAAAUGGCAGAAGAUAAGAAAAAAGGACAUAGUUGGGUACAUCCCUAUUGUGAAAUAGAUAAGGGCAUAAAACAUGCUUUUGAUAAAAUUAAUGCCACUAUGAAACAAUCAUCUUCAUGCGACAAGAAUGUUCCCAAUUCUUGUUUUGAAUGCAAACAAAACGACGACUAUAAAGAUUGCCUAAUUGGCUCUGACAGUGUAAAGUCUGAAGUGGAAUCAAUCUUCCAAGACCAACCGAACAAAAACCAUAUGCAACAAACAUUAGAGAAUACAGUCUGUCCCAUCCUUCUUACGGAUCUCCUUACCCCUUUUGUUCCUUUGGCUCCUGUCUCCAUUGGCCUUUCUGCUAUGGCUUAUUACCUUUGGAAGAAGAUUAAAUUUCAAAGUAUUAACUUUUGGGAAAAUAUGAGUGGAAGUAGUACAAAUAAGGAACUUAAAUGUUUUAGGGAGGCGGGGGGUUGGGAUUCAUACAAGAGCCAAGUGGAAAAACAACUGUCGGAAAUCGAAGAUAAAGGAAAUUUAGUAGACGAUAUUUUACAUAUCUGGUGUUGCAUAUCUGGCGCAUAUGAUUGGAACACCGAUGCCCAUGCACCCUGCGACCUCCUAUAUUAUACUGUGGGAAGCAUAAUAUAUAAUAAAUUAACGGAGAAAGAUUCAUUUGAUACUAUUAUGAAGGAAGUUCACGAAAUAUUGGGAGGUACAUUAAGUAAGGGGAAAUGCAGCACAUGGGAAAAGGGAAGUGGGACAAAGCUCUUCGGAUUAAUGGAAAAAUUGUCCUAUUACAAAUUAGACCCCAAGCAUGUAUGGAAAGAUAUCGAAGGAGAUUCUGAGAAAGUCAAUUGUGGGGGAUGUGCUAAUUAUUUAGAAGAACUUGCCGAAGCAUUUAGGGAGGUAGAAGAAUAUUGUUCGGACACGUUAAAUGAGGGAAAAUGUAAAGAAAUUCCUCUGGGAAAAGGUCAUCAGGGCAGUCCUGACUACUUAUUAGGGUUAAUAUAUGACAUAAUUCCAAAGCCGAGAACUACGGAAAUUACCGAAGAUGGGAAGCAGGGGAAGUGUUCGAUUAAAUUACCGUCAGAACUAGAACAUGGGGAAUUCGGUCAUUUGAGAAAUCAGUGUAAAGUUGAUAAGGGAUAUUCUCCCGGAUUAAUGAAGGAAAUGUUAAGGAGAAUACUAGAUCCAUAUAGGUCCCCUUGGAACUGCGCGAAUCAAAUUAUAAGGGGUGCAUGUUAUGCUCAUGGAACGGAGGAAAGCAUUUCCCCCAGUGGUGAACGUUGCACAUCCCUAUAUUAUUAUAUAGGAAGUGUAUUAUCUGGGGCACCGGGGGAAGUUCAAAAUUUCGACGCACUUAUGAAGGCGGCCUAUGGCGAAAUUGUUAUAUUUUUUGGUACUAAUGAGGCCUGCACUAAUAUAUACGGAAACGACAACAUUGACAAAACCACCUUCGUAAAUAUGAAAAAAGUGUAUGAUUACACUAGGGACUAUGAAACUAUACAAAAUUAUGUGAACAGUGUCCAGGGCGGUGAAUCCCCCUGUAUUGAUAACUAUUACAUGUACCUGGACAAAGUCCUUUCAGCCUACGAAUAUAUGAGCAACGAAUGUAAAAAUGGAAAUACUAAACAAUGGUGUCAGAAAUUUGAGGAAAUGUCUGCUGAACGUAGUCUUACGGAGUUAUUACAAUUAAAAUGUUCCUUAAAGCAUACAUCAGAUUGUAUUAACAUCCCUGCCACUGUAUCUGGUACAUUAUUCGGAAUAGGAUUACCAGCAUUAGGCGCUUUCCUUUCUUACAAGUAUGAUCUUUUACCAUCUGGAAUACGUAAAUUCUUCUUAAGAGGCGGAAGUGGAACCAGAAUGAGAAGAUCAGCAUUUGAACCGAAUUCUGGCACGGAAAUGGAAAAUUUCACUGAAUAUUACACAGAGAACAACUCAACAACAAUAGAUCCAACAGAAUAUUCCACAGUAGCAGGUUCAUCAUCUAAUUUAACAACUUCAACAGAGGACAGUUCUAUUUUAUAUAAUGAAGAUGGACCAUCGCGAUCACCAUCACCACCACCAUCGAGAAAAAAAAGGGGAGGAGGAAAUAAUAGAAGGGGCCAAAAUAUUAGUUAUCAUAGUAUGGAACGUUGA